AUGCUGCUUUUGGACUAUCAGAACGCAUUGAUCCAAUCGCUCCUCACGGAGCGGUUUUCUAGCGCUACUCCGGCCUCAAUUGACCAAGUGGUUUCCGACUUUGAUGGCGUGACUUUCCACCUCUCGACCCCCGAAUCCAAAACCAAGAUCCUCAUCUCGAUCAAUGUGAAGUGUUUCAAAGAGCUCGUCCAGUACGGCGCCCAGGAGGUCCUGGAGCGGGAAUAUGGCCCCUACAUCGUUUCGCCCGAGCCCGGCUAUGAUUUCUCCGUACAAGUCGACCUCGAGAACUUGCCUGCGGACCAAGAGGCUCGGGAUGAGCUGAUCAUGAAGCUGGCAUUGCUGAAGCGGAAUGCCAUGGCAGCUCCCUUUGAGCGGGCCUUUGACGAGUUCGCGAAGCUGGCGGAAGAGGCCUCGAGGUACACGUCGGAGUCGGCGCCGCAGGGUGUGAAGGAGGGUGGCGAGGUGAUGGCAAUUCAUUAUCGUGAGGAGGAAGCCAUCUAUAUUAAGGCUAGCUACGACCGGGUUACUGUGAUCUUCAGCACCGUAUUCCGCGAGGAGACAGAUCGGAUCUUCGGCAAAGUAUUCUUGCAGGAAUUCGUCGAUGCUCGACGCCGGGUUGUGACUCUCCAGAAUGCGCCCCAAGUCCUCUUCCGCAACGACCCCCCACUUGAGCUUGAGGGCGUCCCCGGUCUCAAGAAUACCGGCGAGGGUGAAAUCAGUUAUAUUACUUUCGGUAAAUAUGGCCCUAUGCUUCGCGUUGCAUCCGGCUUUUUCUUGUUCGAUGUUCCUGACAAAGAAUCUACAGUGCUAUUCCCGCGACACUUGACACCCCAGCGCCGCUACGAAAACAUUUCCCACAUUCAAACUUUCCGUGAUUACUUCCAUUACCAUAUUAAAGCCUCGAAGGCAUACAUUCACACUCGAAUGAGGAAGCGCACGGCGGACUUCCUGCAAGUCCUCAACCGUGCACGGCCGGAGAACGAAGAGCGCGAGCGCAAGACGGCGAGUGGUCGGACAUUCCGCGUGCAGAGCUAG